AUGAGCAACCAACCAUGGCUCGACAGUCUGUCCGAUGACUGGCCAUCUCCAGCGCCCAUCAGUCCGAUCCCAACUCAACCAUCUCUCACUGAGUCGCCUAAGACUAGCCAGCAGGGAACUCCUAGUCGCAUUCCGGUCCCUGCGCGACGAUCCUUAGGGCAACAAUCACCAGGGAGCAACAAAAAGGUUACCCGCCCAUGCCAUUUUCAUAGAAGAGAACCCCCGACACCAAAGACCCCCCGAACACCCAGAACCCGGAAACCACGAUCACCAGCUCCGGGCAAAACGACUACGCCUGCCCCCAAGGCCAACCCAAAAGUCGAUUGUUGGGCGAGUCCGAAGGCCAGCCCCAAGCCCACACCGGGUGUCACCCGCAGGCACUCCGCCAUGGAUAUGCGCUCCCCUCUACGAUCGGUGUCAAACGUCUCCAACGCCUCCAUCCAGUCGGAGCUGGACGGUACGGUUCAGAUCAAAUCAAAGAAAGACAACGAAACGAAAGAAGGCACACCAGAAUGGCGCAGGCGACUCGUGCGCGGGGAAAUUGCUGCUGGCGAGCAACGGGAUCUGUUUGCGCCGAUCGGACUCGAAAGUGUGUUUAAGCCACCCACACCCGGUGCCGCGACGCAACUAGGGUCCACCCCAUUUACGAAGCAGGACGAUAAUCUAUGGGACUUCACCGACACACCGUCGCGGCAGGAUAAAGACGAGCACCAUAGUUGCGACGACGAACCCAAACACGCCGCCAGUGAGGAUGAACACGACCGAGAGAAUGGCGACCAAUCACCACAAGAGACCAUCAAUCGCGCUCCUUGGGAGAAGAAUGGGCAUCUGGACGUGCAUUGGGCCCAGGAAGGGUCCUCACAAGCGGGGGAAACACAGCUACGGACGGCGAGUGGGCUGGAGGACCUGCGCAAUGAGGGAAUCACACCCAUCGUGUUUUCCCGGAACAACACCCUUGAUGGCAAGGCAACCUCAGAGGUUAUUAAGUCCGCGCUGAAACAGGUCACCAACAAGCUGGAAAGUCUGUCUAUCGAUAACGAAAGUCGCCCGGGCUCUCCAGCCAGCGAUAGCUUCCUUUUCUACAACCGCAGCGAACCUCGCCCUGACGCGUCUCCCCGAGAUGACAGUCUCCUGGACGUGACAAGCCACUCUCUGCCCCAGGAUCUGUCCAUGGGGACAGUGGAAUUCAGCAGCCGCAGAGGCCAUCGCUCCUUCCCUCGCCGGUUUUCCCCUUCGCCCUUUCCUUCGCACCACCUCUCACCCACUCUCCUCGCCAACUCCAAAAUCCGAAGUUCCCCCUUAUUUAAUCCUCCUCACAACACUGGGUCGCCUGGUCUACCGCGUCCCUCUUCGUCUCACGUCCGUCCUUCCACGGCAGGGGCGGAGAACGAGUCCAAGAUGCCAUCAUCAGGGAGUCCAUUGAAGUUGUUCGGUGACCACGAUACGUUUACCAAUAAUAGGCUUCUCCGGCGUAUGAGUCAGUUCGAAGAUAAUUUCAGCGAUACGUCAGAAGGAGAAGAGCCCCCUUCGCCCUCCGAGGAAGCGCGGAGAAAGGGUGAAAGCCGCAGCUUUUUGAAUACAAGAAAUGAAUCAUUGCAAGAUAUGUCUCCUAGGCGAAACGAGCGUCUCGGGUCUCGUAAUGCUGUACAGCGAAUCAGCCAGUUUGGAGGUGGCGAGCUGGACAAAUUCGAUUUCUCGGACACCAGCCCCUACGAGCACAAACUAGUAUAUGAUGCUGCCGCAGGGUUUGGGUCGCGUCCAUCUUCGCGCAAGCGAUCAUCAACACGGCAAAAGUAUCUUCGCGGUGCCUCACAAGGGUUUUCUCAUUAUAGCAGGUCAGCGAGCUCGGGAUUCACUCGGAAGCCAUCUGCCUGGAUGCGCCAAGAUUUCUUUGACGAUUUGCGGCAAGGAACUCGCCCGAACAACAAGGAGAACAUGGCGCCUGAUGUCAAGCGAGUACCUCGAGCCCCAGGGAUGGACCCCACCCCUAAACGGCGCCGAACAAUCAUGAGGAACAACAGUGCCGAGCCAUAUCACAAUGCCAAUGGCGGUUCCCCUCAGAAAUAUGGCGACAGCAUGUCGCUUCUGCAACGAAGCCUUAUGCAGCACGGUGUACAACUCGAAAAUAGUGACUAUCUUGCGCCGCCGGGCUUUUCUCAAUCCAUGCAGCGACCUCGAACACCCACGCCAAGCCAAAUACGAACCGAUGGGGAGAGCCACAUUGCGUCUCACAGGGAUUUUUCCGAAACUAAUUUCGAUAAUAAUGAUUAUUCCGAUUCAUUUUCGCUUGAUGGUGACGUUCCAUUAGUGAAGAUUACUGGCGCCAGCGAUACUUCCCGAAAAGGAUCCAUUACCACCCAGGAUUACCUGAACGAGGCCACCAAGAUAAUGGAUCUGAUUAGAUCAAAAGGACGGGGUGCGGCUGCAUUGACAAGCGUGCAUGAGUCUGAUGUGGAAAGCGAAGACGACUUCAGCUACGACGACGAAUCCACCCGGGAAGCCUUUUCUCGCCCCCCGAGUCGCGACGGAACAGAUCUUCGCAAGGUGAGGGAGGUGAAGGAGUUGAACCCAUUGAUUCUCAGUCAUCUGAAGAAAUAUCAAGAGCAAGAUGAUCCCAAUGAUCGCGAGAUGUCUUUGCAUGCUUCUCAUCGCCAGGAUGAGGGCCAAACUGAGCUUGGCGAACCAAACUCACAGAACAUCCGAAUUCACGGACCGAGAAAACGAAAGACCAGUGGCAUGGCCGAUGACAUGGCUGAGAACAUCGCCCAGGAUUUGAUGACCAUCAACACACAAAUGUCUGGCUUCAGCGUUACCUCGGCCCCCACAGGCUCUUCGCAAAACUCUCAAGUGAAGGGCAUGCUGGCUUCGGACCUCGUGGCACAUCUCAUUCCUAACGAGGUCAAUGGGUUCAAGUAUGACCGCUCAAAGAAUCAAUGGGUGAAAGACGAGGUGGAAGAACCAAAGGCACCAGUCUUCCAGCCUACCGAGGAAACAGAUGACCCAUUCAGAGAUAUCCCCGAUCUAAGUGUGGAUGAGCUCCAGGAGAUGAUGAGAGUUCACGAUCUCAGUUCUCCUACAAAAGGGGAUACCUUAACGGACCGAGAGAGAAGCAAGGCCGGUAGUCCUUUGGCUACAAAUGCAUCCCCUAAGAAGUCUGAUGUCCGACCGCACACGAGGGAUGGAGGUCCAUCUCUUGGCGCAAGCUCCGUCCAAUCUAGAUUCACUCGCUUCACGUCCAGUGUCCCUAACACAGGGACACGAGUUACAUCAUGGGGAACCGACGAGACUGCAAAGAGGAAACUGUCUGAAAGAGGAAACUCCGAAGCCCAGCAGCCGGAGCCAUUGUCUUCCACAAAUUUCCGAUCUGAAGGAAAGCAAUCUCGUGUCUCAACUGUCAGUCUCACAUCGCCGGUUCUUUCACGCCCAUCUUCUCGGGAGGAGCUUCAUACUGCGCAGUCCGACCCGAACGCAAAUCACACCUACCACGGAAUUGUGCCAGAUGAAAAUACAACUCAAGCAGACUAUGAAACUCAUUCCAUACGAACAUCCGUUCCUCCCACAGGACGUCAAACUUCAGUAGGGGGACAGCCAUUUAUUGGCCGUCCCAUCUCAAGAAUCGAAGAAAGGAACGAGGAGACUGUCGAUGAGAAAAGCCUCAUCCGUCGGAAUGAAUCACUUCGUGUUGAAGAGACGCCCGCGAAAACGUCAGCAGCACGUUCACUGAUGCCUCCCCAGAGCGCCGGGCUUGACACGACUUACAGCUUCCAUCUUAGUCCACUUGCAGACUUUACCGUCAAUCAAGGCGAUCGGCCCUUGAAUCUUGAAAUGAGCUAUGUGGCUCAACGCACAAAUCCUUCCUCGCUGCGCCAAGUACAUGGAACAUUCGCAUUGGCAACCGAAGCUUUGAUCAAGCAUAUAACCGAUGUCGAGCCAUAUGAGCCUUACUGGGAACAUGUGCGUCGUCUCGUGUUGCGCCAGAAGGGGCUGAUUACAUUGCACAAGCUGAAUGAAUUUUGUCCUCGCCUCGAGGAGUUGGAUGUUUCGGAUAACGAUAUUGGUCAAUUGAGUGGCAUUCCUCCAACCCUAAGAACCCUGAAGAUUUCCAGGAACUGCCUGUCUAACCUCACUCCCUGGGGUCACAUGGUCAAUUUGCAAUAUCUGGACGUUUCAGGAAACGACAUUGAGACAUUGGAUGGGUUCUCGAGCUUGAUCCAUCUCCGGGAGCUAAAGGCGAAUGACAAUCAGAUCCGCGACAUCAACGGGAUUUCCGAUCUGAAUGGCUUGUUAAGUCUGAAAUUGAGCAACAACUCAAUCACUGCGGUGGAUUUCGAAGGAUCUGAGUUGACCCGUCUUCGAGAUCUGGACUUAAGCCACAACUGUUUGACAUCAGUUCGGAAUAUCGAUUGGCUUCCGUCACUUGUCACCCUUGAUAUCAGUGCGAACCAGGUUAGGCAGUUUGACUCCCCUGUUUCCCUUAUCAGCUUACGCGCUCUGAAGCUCUCCGAAAACCAUUUGGAUACUUUGGAUGCACGUGCUUUCCCUUCUGUGAGCCUUCUCUACCUUGAUCAAAACCACCUUUCUACGAUUACUGGCCUCGAAAGUUGUCAUAAUCUUGAGGUACUGUCUUUGCGAGAACAAACACCGAUCACAGAGAACGACCUCGACUUCAGGCUGGAUAUUGAUUUGGGACUAGUCAAGGACAUUCGCAAAUUAUUCUUAUCAUCGAAUCAACUUUCGCCCCGGAGUGUCUGCCCCUCUGCUCCACUCCUACGACUUCAACUACUCGAUCUAGCCGCGUGCUCACUGAAGAGUCUCCCCAAUGACUUUGCUUUGAGCUUCCCGAAUCUCAAGGUCUUGAACCUCAAUUUCAACUCGGUUAAUGAGGUUGAACCACUGGUUGGAAUGAAUUGUCUUGCUAGACUGAUGAUCGUUGGCAACCGCCUAUCAAGAAUGAGGAGGGUUUGUCAAAUCCUGAGUCGGCUAGGUCGAACUGGAAAGGGGACUGCAUGUUCCCUGCGCAAACUUGAUCUCCGUGGGAACCCGUUGACCAUUGGAUUCUAUCCUCCCGCAGUGACUGGGAGUGGCAAUCCCGAUCGCAAGAAGCUGAAGGCUCAAGAAAAAGCCGUUGUCCGUCAUCAAGGAAAUCACCGCGAUCUUUCUGAUGCGCUAGCUGAGCUUGGUACCGAUGAUCAAUUCUCUCACCAGGCUACCAGGGGAGAUGAGCCCAAGACAGAAAAGGAGGUUGAAGUCAACGACCCAUUCACAGUCCCGCUUGCCGACCCGCAAGCCGACGUGAAAUACUUGAGACACCUCGACCAAGCCACACGUCUACGCCGAAGAGUUCUGGAGCUCUUGCUCUAUGCCGGCACAAGUGGCUCCCUCCACACCCUCGACGGCCUAGACCUGCGGCCAGCAUUGGGCGAGGGGUCCUCCGAUAUGAAUAAAGCGUGGGACAGAUUGGAGAAUCUGGGUGUACUGCGCAGGAAGGCGAUUAAAAAUUAG